AACCAGUUUGACGAUGGUAUCAGUAUUUGAAAGCAGCAAGAAAGGAAAAUUAAAUUGUGGAGGAGAAAAAGGUUAGGUUGAGACUUGAGAGUCGAUGAAAAUACCAACAAUGGGACACGCUUAGUUUAUUCGCAUAAAAAUCACGUUCUUCCUUUUUAUUUAGUGUUCAGAUGAGGCGGAUAUCUGAAUAGGAAAGGCAGAAGAAACAGAGGUGUGCUAAUAGUGGAUAUCAUGUCCAACUAUAUAACAAUUGGACCAUGAAGAGAUAAGAGAAACAAGAUAAUCUACAAGUUGAGAUUUCUGUAGGUCUAGUUGAAGGAGAGACACAUAUCCAACUAGUCCUUAGCCAAAGGGAAAGAAAGAUACUAGUGCUAUAUAAUUUUAAUUUGAGAUCUUGCCUUUUUAUAUCUGCAUCUCUCCUCCUCAUUGAUUGAGGGAAGAGAGAAAGAGAGAGAGAUUGAGAGCUUUUCUCUUUUUUUCUCCCAAAAUGGCAAGUUGGGUUCUAUCAGAAUGUGGUGUCAGACCACUGCCAAGAAUCUACCCAAAGCCCAGACCAGGGUUAGCUAGCUCCACCGCCACCACCAAUAUAAAUCUGAGAAUUUCACCUACACGCACAGAUCUGGUGUCGAGGAACUGCUGGGCAUUGAGGGUUAGUGCACCACUUAGGAUCCAAACUGUGGGAGAAGAAGAAAAAGAGGAUAAUAAAAAGACAAGAACAAGUAAUGAUGAAUAUUUCGACCCAGGGGCACCACCCCCAUUCAAGCUAUCUGAUAUUAGGGCAGCUAUUCCUAAGCAUUGUUGGGUCAAAAAUCCAUGGAGGUCCAUGAGUUAUGUCGUGAGGGAUGUCGCUAUUGUCUUGGGACUGGCGGCUGCCGCUGCUUAUUUGAACAAUUGGGUUGUUUGGCCUCUUUAUUGGUUUGCUCAGAGUACAAUGUUUUGGGCACUUUUCGUUCUCGGUCAUGAUUGUGGCCAUGGAAGCUUUUCAAACAACCACAAGUUGAACAGCGUUGCUGGACAUAUCCUUCAUUCUUCCAUUCUUGUUCCUUACCAUGGAUGGAGAAUAAGCCACAGGACUCAUCAUCAGAACCAUGGACAUGUUGAGAAUGACGAGUCCUGGCAUCCUUUAUCUGAGAAGGUUUACAACAGUUUGGAUUAUGCCACAAAGAAAUUGAGGUUCACUCUACCCUUCCCCUUGCUGGCAUAUCCUUUCUACCUGUGGGGUAGAAGCCCUGGAAAGAAAGGUUCUCACUUUGAUUCAAACAGUGAUUUGUUUGUCCCAAGUGAGAAGAAAGAUGUGAUUACUUCAACUUUGUGCUGGACGGCAAUGGCUGCAUUUCUCGUGGGUUUGUCCUUUGUCAUGGGUCCUAUCCAAUUGCUUAAGCUCUAUGUCAUUCCCUAUUGGGGCUUUGUCAUGUGGCUGGAUAUAGUUACCUAUUUGCAUCACCAUGGCCAUGAUGAUAAACUUCCUUGGUACAGAGGAGAGGAAUGGAGUUAUCUGAGAGGAGGGCUUACAACGCUUGACCGUGAUUAUGGAUGGAUUAACAACAUCCACCAUGACAUAGGGACACAUGUGAUACAUCAUCUCUUCCCUCAAAUCCCACACUAUCAUUUGGUAGAAGCAACUGAAGCUGCUAAACCAGUGUUAGGGAAAUAUUAUAAGGAGCCAAAGAAGUCAGGGCCUCUACCAUUUUACUUGUUGGGAUAUCUCAUUAAAAGCAUGGAGGAGGAUCACUAUGUCAGUGACACAGGGAACGUAGUAUAUUAUCAAACUGAUCCUAACCUUUCUGGAUGUCAGAAAUAGAAUCCUAGUAUAGCAAAUACCUGUUAAUCAGGCAGGUGAUUCUUUUUCACUAACACUAUGGACAUGCUCAUUCGAUUCAAGUUGGUUGUAUAACCACAAGUGAGUCAGCUAGCUCCCCCCCUCCAUUAAAGAAUGGGGAAAGUUCUAUAUUCAAUUGUUUCCAUAUUGUAAUAAUUGAGUGGAGAAAGAUAUUACUACUAUCUUGAGGACCUUAUAAACGACCUCCUGUUGGGUUGACCGAGAAAGUAUAUUAGUAUUACGUAUUCUGGAUUCGGAAAUGAUUAUAAAAAGAUACCAGUCCACAACUUUUAUUUUA